AUGAACAAUAACUUGUCCAAAAUCUCAUUGAUUGAUAUUGUUUCAUGUAAUGAGUAUUUCAGAACAGAGGCUGUUUUAUGUCAAAUUGAUAUCGAGAAGGGUAUUGAGCCUCUUGCAACAAAAAGACUGAAUAAUUAUAUUCAUCAAUUCAUGUUAUAUUUAUUGGUGAAUAGUUGCCCAUUAGUGACUAUCAAAGAGACAGAAAAUGAUUAUUUAAAAAAUUUGAUCAUCGGAUAUGCUUGUGAUAGACUUAAAUAUUUAAGGGCAAAGUACACCAACACUCCCAUUUAUAGACAUGAAAGAGACACAGAGAUUUUUUCAGUAAUUAGUUCUGAUGAUUGGCUGAGCGUUACUGGAGAAGAAAUAGAAGAGGCUGAUGAGCCUACUUUGAAGAAAUCAAAGAUGACAGCUCACUUGUAUACAAUGGAAAGCUUUUUUAAAUCUCUUGUUUUUAAGAAUUUUCCUGGAAAUAUUGUCAAUUACAUGUACAAAGAUAUUUGUAAGCAAUUACAAUUAGCAAGACAAGAAAUAUUGGAAAAUCAAUGGGCUUCCGUUUACUUGACAUUUUCUCCAGUAGAAAUGAGCUUAUUGAUUAAUUCAUUCUUUGACGUACAUUUAGAAAUACUGGAGGACGAGCCAAACCUUACAAACCUAGAUGCGUGUUUAUAUCUUCUAUCUGUUGGAAUGACUACAAUCGCGGAAUAUUUGGUUGCAGAGAUGGUAGAGUUGGCAUCAAUGAAAUCCUCCUAUCAAAAAGUUUUGUCUAUCUCUGAGUUCAUGUCAUGCUGUUAUGACGACGAACUCUGUCAGGUAAUCAAUUGUGGGAGUCUUGUUUAUUUCCCUACAGCAUUUAUAUCAUCACGAGAUUUCGUUACUUUUUGUGAGGAACGGCCAUUUCCAAUGAUCGACUCGAAUCAACAUCUUUCUGCAUUACCAUUCGAGCUACAUGAAAUAAUUCUUCAAUUUUUUGAUGAUUUAGAACAAUUGCUAAAUAUGAGACUGGUGUGCAAGUAUUGGAACUACUUAAUUGUUACCAGCGACGACAUUUGGAAGCACUUGUGCUUUCAUUCAUUGAUAAGACAUUCCAUGUUUGAGUUUGCCACCUCCACUAGCUUGUCACUUUCAAAUUUUAGUUUGGUAGGAAAAGGAAAGCAAAUAACCAGCUAUUUGGAACUCUUUUUUGUAAGAAUUAAUCCAUGGAUUCGAGCUAAAAGUUACUGUAUUAGGCCAGAUUUCACGGAAUUGUGCUUUGGGGGAGCUAUCCUUGGAAACGUCGUUGAAGGUGCAGACAAUCAAACCAUCGAAAAACCUCCAAUAGAGUUCCUUAAAGAACUUGAAAAAAGUCUUUACAUAUCUCUUAAUUCAAAAAGCAUAUACGAUCACACACCAUCAUUCGACGCUUUAACAUUUCCCAUUGGAAGGUCAAAACUUGGUGGCUUUCCUGAAAUUCCAACAGAAUGGGAAUCAUGGUUUUAUAAUUCCAAUAUUUGGAGUAACGGUGACACAUUCAUAGCCCAAAUCAACUUUGAAGAUAUGGACACUCUUGUUUCAGCCAGCGUACUUCCUUCACAUGGUAUUUUAUAUCUAUUCAUAACAGCUAAUGAUUCUGUUAAAACAUACUUUUAUGAAGGCGACACGACAAAGCUCAAGCCAUGCAACAUGGAGAGGAUUCCAGACGAAGGGUUCAAUUCCAUUGGAGAUGAAUCACAUCCUCUAAUAUUUGAGGAUUCAAUUUUCUACCACUGUGGGGUUGAUGCAAUGGAUGAAAUGAUGAAUUAUGAUAACAUCUUCUCAAUCAAUUCGGGCUUACAAGAUCCAAAUCCCAACUUGUUUUGUUUGCAUUUCUGCUAUGACCCAUGUGAACUUGAAUUCACUUUCAAUGCUCUUCAAUUUAAAAAGAAGGAUUUCACUUCCCUUAAACUUACAGAUCGCCACUGA